AUGACAACAACCGGUGUGUCUCAAAUGAAAACUCCAUUGAAUCCACGUCCAUAUAUUAAUGAAUUAGUUGGAAAGAAAAUAUUAGUUCGUCUUAAAUGGGGAAUGGAAUACAGAGGUGUAUUAGUUAGUGUUGAUCAAUAUAUGAAUGUUCAAUUAGGUAAUGCUGUCGAGUAUAUUGAUGAUCAAAAUAAAGGACCAUUAGGUGAAAUAAUGAUUCGUUGUAAUAAUAUUUUAUAUAUACAUGGAAUGGACGAGGAUGAAGAAGACGAUAAUAAUGAUAUGCAAUGA